UGUGUCUCACACAAGGUGGUGACCAGGCGGGAACGCGCUUGCCUGACGAGGGACUGCCUCUCUUGGUGGCGCGUCGCUCUUUUAUUUGUGUUCCAUGGCUGUGCCAGUGAGGGCAGCGUCUCUAUCUCCGCCAGUGCGCGCCAGUCCUCCGGGAGCAGCCGAUUUCCAAGCAAUCCGCAGCCGGCGAGAGGCGGGGAGAUGCAGCCCGGCUCCGAAUUAGCUCGCUUCGGGCUGCUGUGCUGCUGCCUCCUGGUCCCGGUGCAGAACUGUGGCCCCGGCCGGGGUUACGGCAGGAGGAGACCGUCCCGUAAGCUCGCCCCCUUGCUCUACAAGCAAUUCAUCCCCAAUGUGGCCGAGAAGACCCUGGGGGCGAGCGGCAGGUCGGAGGGCAAGAUCAGCCGCACCUCCGAGAAAUUCAAGGAGCUGACUCCCAACUACAACCCUGACAUCAUCUUCAAAGACGAGGAGGACACCGGAGCUGACCGCCUCAUGACCCAGCGCUGUAAGGAUAAAGUGAAUUCACUUGCAAUCUCUGUGAUGAACCAGUGGCCAGGUGUGAAGCUCCGGGUAACAGAGGGCUGGGAUGAAGAUGGACAUCAUUCAAAGGAAUCCUUGCAUUAUGAGGGCCGAGCAGUAGACAUCACCACUUCUGACAGGGAUCGCACCAAGUAUGGCAUGCUGGCCCGUUUGGCAGUUGAGGCUGGAUUUGACUGGGUUUAUUAUGAGUCAAAAGCCCACAUUCAUUGUUCAGUGAAAUCAGAUAAUUCAUUGGCCACUAAAACAGGUGGCUGUUUCCCUUCUAAAGCCAUGGUAACACUGGAAAAUGGACAAACCCGAGCUGUGUCAGAGCUGAAUCCUGGGGACUGGGUCUUAACAGUGAAUGCAGUUGGCCAGGUGGUCCCCAGUCAAGUCCUUCUCUUUCUUGACAAAGAAGAAGAACUGAGAAUCUCUUUUACUGUGCUGGAGACUGAAGAUCCCAGACAGCGGCUGGAACUCACAGCAGCACACCUCAUCUUUGUUUCUGAUAAUAACACUGACAGAAUGGAGAACUUUAGACCGACAUUUGCUAGUCGAGUACGUACGGGUCAGUUCGUCCUUGUGAGAGAGAUUGGCUCAGGCCAGUUGCGUUCAUCUAGGAUUAAAGCUAUCUAUGUGGAAGAGGACACUGGUGCCUAUGCACCACUGACAUCUCAUGGCACAUUGUUAGUGAAUAAUGUACUGGCAUCUUGUUAUGCAAUGAUAGAGAAGCACCAUUGGGCACACCUGGCAUUUGCACCUCUCAGACUCUUUCACUCAUUGACUUCUUUGUUACCAGUUCUCCAUCCUCGGUAUGACAAUGCCACACAGGAGAGUGGCAUCCAUUGGUACUCCAGGUUUCUCUACAGCUUAGGUGAAAAGGUUCUAGACAGGGAAAUGUUUCACUCUUUAUGAAGAGUUGCAGGAGCAGGCCAACAUUGCCUGAUGAAGAUGCAACCUCUGUGUAUCUGAGAUGCACCAGGUCUAUCUGCAUAAGUACCUGCAUGGUCUUCAGCUUUAAGCAGCAUUGUGGACUUCUAAUUCUGUACAAGGGAACUCCACUCCCAGGGAUAGAAUUUAUUUUGUGUGUCAGUAAAUAUACAUUCAGAAUAUAUUUUUCUACGUCACAUAUAUAACUUUUAAUUGUCCCACUGAAUGUAUAUACUUUAAAUAUGUUGCGUGGUUAACGUAAUCAUGGUCAAAAACAAGUCAGUUUGGGGAAUUAUUAUAAAGUUUAUUUUUAUAUUUCUGAAUUGUAAUAUAAUUUUUUGGGAUAAAGUCAAUAUUAAUAGAAUUAUGUUGCAGUAUUUCUAAUAGUAAUGAUGAAAGUAUGUAAUAAUGUUUUGUUAAUUUAAUUUUCUUUGUUUUUAUGGAACUAAUGUCUGUCUGAUCCCUUUGAAAUUUGUAUCUCUCCAGCCACUUUAACAUGAGUUGGGUCAAGUGGCAUUGCUCUCACUUCUGUCUCCUUGCCGCUUUCCGUUUUGUGUGUCUUUUAUAAUAUCUAAUCUGUCUGUCUGUCUGUCUAUCCUUGUGCUCUCCCUUUUUUACUCACUUGUUUCCAUGUUUAAUUUUCUUUAGAUCUGUUCACCCAUGUUAUAUAUUUGUUUUUCGAUUCAUUUUCUGCAUAAUUUCCUCUGUAGCUCCAUGUCAUCAUCUUUAAACAAAUGCAGAAAAAUGACAGGUGUAGUCACUUUUUAACCUAUCUCACUUGUAUUGAAUUUUUGUUCCGUAAAUCUCUCUUGUGUGUUAUGUAAGGAAUUUAAUAUUCAAUUGUUUUAAUCUGAAUCAACUUCAAUUAACCUGCAGAUUGCACUAUAACCUAGCUGUGAACUGGUCCAUACAUACUUUAGAUUAUCUUAUGCAUGUGGUGUUGUAAACCUCAAGGCAGGAGUGGAGCAGGAAAUCUGACUUUAUCAGCCUGAUCAGAACCUAUUUAUAUUGCAGUUAGUUAAAAAUCAACAUGAGGAGUUGGGUGUUUUUACAAGGACUCAUGCUGAAAUAAAUGCGCUUCAUUUUUUAUUUAAUAGCUGUAAUUAUGGAACAAAUCUUUCAAUAUUGUGUCUUUUUGUUUCACUGUUUCCCCACAUCCCUCUCUUAGAUUGUGCUUCUUUCUCUCUCUCUCUCUCUCUCCUAAGGUUUAUAGCUGUUUGCUGAUGCUUUUAACUGAGUUUGUACGUGCUUUACUGCAUUUUUACACCUGUGGAAUCAGACUGACCUCCUGGCACACACCUGCACCUUGACUGUGCUGUUUAGAUAGGGCACUGAUUUUCUUGGAAAACAUUAACCAACUACUUGCUGCUGGCAAACAGCAUACUGUUUCUGUGCUGAGAGCAGCCCGCCACUCCCAAUGCUGCCAGCUGCAAACUUACCACUUAUCAAUAAAAUGCAAUCACUCCAGUUAAUAAGUAACCCAAACUUCACAUUUCCUUUUGUUGGAAUCCUUGUAUCUUUCCAAUGGGUUUGUUUGCAUACUGCUGUCUUUAUUUGUACACUGCCUCAUCUCCAAAGAGGCCCUUUGUGCCUCCCCAUUACAUUUUAUUGUGCAUACAAGACGAAGACCACAGUUGAUGCACCAUUACGUAUUCCAUUUCUCACUGUUCUUUCAGUUUAACUCUAUUACCAUUUCGGAUGGAUCAAAACAAAGAUCAACUUGCACUGCUGGGACAAUGGUAGCACUAUGUAAGGAUAGUGAAUAGUGGAGAUAGAGAUUGUGGAAUUUGUUUGCUUAUCUUUGGAAGAGUUGGGAAGAAAUUCUACAAAACACUUUUGUCUAAUGAUCAAAUAAAUUCAGUAGAGGAACACGUAGAUGAUUAAUAGAAUAUAUCUGGUCUGCGAGGUCAAGAUCUCGGUCUGUGAUUUCUUGUAUUUUUUCCAUUCCCUCUCUUUUCUUCUGAAGCCAUGUGUACAUGUUGGGGUAAUGUUUCCAAGAUUGUUUCUCAUCCUUAAAUAGCUUAACUACUAUUCAUAGUGAGCCUAGACAAUGAAGGGAGUGUGAUGGAAUACUUUCCACUUGCCAGGAUAAGUCCAACUCCAACAAAAUCCACGAAGCUUGAGCCCAUCCAGGACAAAGCCGCCUACUUGACUGACUUUCCAUCCAUAAGCAUCCAUUCCUUCUAGCACCGAUGGUCAGGAGCAGGCACAUUACAGAAAUUUGCUGAAGUUCCUCAGGCAGCACUUUCCAAACCCAUGACCACUUCCAACUAGAAGGGCUGCAGAUUCAUGGGAACACUGCCACCUGCAAAUUCCCCUUCAAACCACUAACCAUCCUGACUUGGAAGUGUAUCCCCAUUUGUUCAGUGUUGUUCAGGGUCAAAAUCCUAGAAUUCACUUCCUAAUGAGAUUGUAGGUUUACAUGGAUUGCGACAGUUUAAGAAGGCAGCUCACCACUACCAUCUCGGGGUAACUGGGGAGGGUGACCCAGCCAAUGACGCCAACGUCCCAUGAUUACGUUAUUUUUUUAAAAAAUUCCUUGAGUCUGUUCUGCCAUUUAAUUAAUAUUGCUGAUCUGUACCUUAAUUUAAUCAAUUUGUUUUGGUUCCAACUUGGUUUGACAUUCUGCUUAGUGUAAAUAUCCUGUGAUCCACUGUACCGUUCUUUCUGCCACCCUGUUGGAGAUCAGUGGACUCAGUUGCAGUGUUCAAGGCUAGGUCCUUCAAGCUCUAUUCCACUUUAUGUUCCAAAAACUACUACAACAAUUACAAUUUAAAGAGCACAACAAGGGAUGCAAUUACUUUGUCUUAAUUCAGCAUUGAGAAUUAAAAAUAAUUCUGGCCACUCAUUUCUUUCUGUUGCUACCCUCUUGCUUCACAAUCAAUUUUCAUUCGGACAGUAGAAGCAUUUUCACACUUUGCGAUAACUGCAAAUCAAGGCCAUCUGCUUCACAUCCUAUGGUGAAUAAAGUGGUUAUUCUAUCUGACUUCUCAGCAAAACUUUAGUUAUGCUUGCCAAGGUAAGGAAGGUCAUUGUGAGGAAUUAGACAAUUGGCCAAGUACUGCCUGGAUAGUUGUAGGAUACUCUAGCUACAAUGCAGAAUUGUCUCCCACAGUAUGCCUUAGCCUCAGCUUCUGCAGUUCAUCCUGAUGUCAUAGAGUCAUAGAGAUGUACAGCGCGGAAACAGACCCUUUGGUCCAAC